AACCUCAAACCUAAUGUUUUAGUAAAAUAAUACUUUUUAAAUAAUUACCACUGAAUAACAUUAUAAACCUUACCAUAAAAUGAGUAAAUUAAGAGGAAUUGCACUACUCUCCAAGUGUCCCCUAAAAUAUAUAACACCAUCUUUUCAAAGCUUCCCUGUUCCGGUACGAAACAAAUAUGCUAAAGGAACGAGUUUUGCAGAUUUUUUUCAAAAUCCUAUAUAUAGGAAAGAGGACCAAGCUAAAAUUAUUGAAAUGAACGAAUUGAGUAAAAUAGCAGCUAUUCCAGUAAAACCUCCUGCUGUGUAUCAGACAUCUUCAGUUUACCACGACCCAUUAGUAGAUAAAGUAAUAAAUCAUGUUAUGAAGAAGGGAAACAAAAAAUUGGCUCGGGAACUUGUUGAAAAAGCAUUUGAAAAUAUCAAAAGAGUUCAAAUAGAGAGGUAUCACUUAGCAUCUCCUGAAAACAAGUCAAAGAUAGAAUUAUGUCCGAAAGAGAUAUUGCAUAAGGCUGUGGAAAACUGUAAGCCCUUACUUCAUCUUUUGCCAAUAAAGAGAGGAGGUAUUACUUAUCAGGUACCCUGUCCUAUUACUGACCAUCGGUCCUUGUUCCUGUCUAUCAAAUGGCUUUUAGAGGCUGCGAAGGACAGGGAGAGAACAGUGCAUUUCCCAGAACAGUUUGCCUGGGAGUUGAUUGAUGCUGCUAACAACACAGGCAAAGUAAUCAAGAGAAAACAAGAUCUGCACAGACAGUGCGAGGCAAACAGAGCAUAUGCGCAUUACAGAUGGCAAUAACUUUAUUAGAAAGCAAUGUAUUUAUUUGUUUAUAGUUUUAGAAAUAAAUAUACUUACAUACAAAGUA